AUGUAAUUAUUUUGGAAUAUAGUUGAGUGGUUGUAGUUGUAAUGCUUAUUGUUUGCAGUCAAAUCUAUCAAUGAGUAACAUUUCUUCGAUACAAGAGCGGCUUCAGCUGAAGCGCGUUCCGCUGGACAAAUGGUCAACAAAAGAAAAGCUUUGCUUGGCUUCGGCCGUAGCUUGUAGCGGCGACCAAAACUGGAUGUCGGUUAGCCGAUCACUCAAGAUGCUCUGUGGUUCAAAUCGUCCCGGUGAUUGGUUUUCGCAGAAGUCCUGUGCUGCUCAAUAUGGCAAAUUAUUGGAGAACGUGGAAACUCCGAAACGGAAAAAGAGAACAACUUCCGAGCGUGAUGGUGUUAGCGCUGUUGAGACGCCAGGUGAAUCAAUAUUGCGAAAGCUGUCUCAAGAAAGGAUAAUUGAAUUAAAAAAAAUAAUCCAAGACGAAGCUCAACAGUAUACAAAAGUUAAGGAAGAUAUUAUACUGAUUCAAAGUGGCGUGACAGAUGAAAAAAAGCUUCGUGAAAUGUGGAAGCAAAUAGAAAUGGACAAAGCACAAAAGGAAAAGGAACAUAUAUUACACGAACAGUGGCUAAAGGAACGUGAAGAGAAAAAGUUGGAACUUGAACGUCAGUGGAGGCCAAUGUAUCCUAGUUCCCCCAGUUCCAGUAAGGUGAUUGCUGGCGGUAAUUUUAAAAUAAAAGACGAAACGGAUGAGGAUAGUCAGAGUUCAUGCAAAUCAGGGACUUCUCCGUUGCUAACAUCUCUGCUAAAAAGCCCCGCUGCAGGAUCGACAUCGGGUAAUUCAAUGCUUCAAACUUCCGCUAAUAAAACUGCGAUGUCACCAACAAUUGUUAAUUUACUGUCAAGUAAUUCGCCAAUCGUGCAUAUACAAGGAAAAAAUUUGUUUCCAUCCACUGCAGUGUUGGAAAAUCGAUCUAAUGAAGUUAAUCAAACUGUUUCCCCUGUUGUAAAUCCUACUAAGUCAGACGGAAAAGAAUCAGUUCCAUAUGAAGUCAAUUCUAAUGAAUCUAAAUCAGAUCUCGGGAUGCAUAGAGCACUUGCAGAAACCAAAUCAAAAACGACUAACGUGACCAAGGGAUUUCCGGAAUCUGAUCAACCGUUAGAGAAAACCGAAGAUAUGGAAACGGAUUCGGAUAAUGUCGAUCCAGCGAAAGAUUUAAUGGCGGUUUUCCAGGAAUUAAUGCCGGAAGAGCUAGAUGAAAUCCUAAACGAAAACAACGGUAUUCUCGAGGAUGAAAUUCUAGAAAACGUUGUAGAUUCUAUAAUGGAAGACGAGGUUAUUUCUCCAAAGGGAAAAGAUAUAAACGUAGUUUUGGAGGCUGCCAAUGCAAUUUCCAAGGAUAAUAAUCAAGUUCAUUUUGAUGAACCAAAAAACGAGGAAACCAGCAAAAUUGUAUUCGAUGCGACCGUGACAACUGUGGCUCCAAUAGCAACUCCUGAAGCAUCUACAGUUUUGCAACAAGGCGACGGCCAGCAAACUAAUAUUGGCGAUUCAGCCAAAUCUGACGAAGCAGCUGAAUCCAUCGAAACAACUGGACCUGUUAAAUCCACUGAAUGUGCUGAAUUAGUUAAAUCUUGCGAAUCUACAUUGGCUACAGAUUCACCUAAAUUAUUCGAUUCAUGCAAGUCAUAUUCCGCAAAGAUUGACGAAACUGAACAGGUUGAAGAAAAAAUUACAACGGAACAAAAGGACGAUUCACCUCAAGUAGAUCAGUUAUGCUCUGAAACUGAAGAUACCGAUCGCAAUACUGUAGAAAAUUGUGGUAACAUUAUUACUAAUACUGGGUUCAGUAAAGAAGAAAGCAAUGUAGCAGUAUCGCCGAAGAAUGCUGAUGCUUCCGAAGUAAAUGCUGAUGAAGAUAAUUCUGAAGACAAACCGCUUGCUUCUCUGGAUACUUCUUCUGAAAAUAAGCCAUCAGAAAUCAAUUAUGAUGAGAAAAUUGACGAUGAUGAGUCUUGCUUAAGUGAUGACAAAUCCAACGUGUCUUCUGUCGAAGUCAAAUUGCAGGAAAUAUCGAAGACGCUUACUGAAGAAGAAGAAGCUGCCCGAGCAAAGAAAGAAGCUUUAGAGAAGUUGGCAGCUGAAUAUGAUUUCAAAGACGACGAAGAACCUAUUGUUCCACUCUCGAUACAAAAAAUUAAAGAAGAAAAGCAUGUCCCAGAGGAAGAUAUUUUUAUGGAUGCUCAGGAACACCUGGAUGAAGAACCAGACGAACAAAAAGAAACUGAUGUAAAAAAUCUUGAAGAGCCGGUUGUAACAAUUACCGAUACUGAUGACGAUUCGCUGAUAGAAAUGAAAAUAUCUAAAACUAAAAGAGAUUACUCACGACGUCGCCCAAUUGAGGAGCCUCCAAAAGUAAAAGAAGAGCAACAGACAACCCCAAAGGUUGAAGAACCUGAAGGCAGAACGCUACGCAAGUUGCGUGACCGGGACCGUGAUCGUGAACGUGACCGCUCCGAAAGUCCAUUCGUGUUACUCGAGGAUGAAUUGGGCGAUAAGCUGAAACGUAGCUAUUCCUCAACUCCUGUAAUGGAUUCGAUACCUAGCUCUCCAGCUUCCAGUGAAGAUAAAGACUAUCGCGUGUGGAAAAAAGCAAUUAUGUCGAUUCAUUCGAAAAUCUCAUCCCUGCGGUAUGCCUCGGCUUUUCUGAAGCCACUUCCGGAAGAACAGACGGCUGAUAUCAUUUAUCGCCCGAUGGAUCUAUGCACAAUCAAACGAAAUAUCGAAAAUGGUACAAUUCGCACAACAGCGGAUUAUCAGCGAGACAUUAUGCUGAUUUGUACGAAUGCAAUAAUGCUGAAUCGUUCUGAUCUGUGCUCGCCGGCUGCAGCUCGUGUUUUGCUCAAGGAGAGCGUCACUCUAAUCGAAGCAACGAUGGAAUCAGGCAGUAAACAAGUACGUGAUAAAGAGUUCGAGAAUCGUGGCGGAACUGUAAGCAAAAGAAUUUUUAGAAAGGGUACCACUAGAAGCUCGUCAGGCGCACGUAAUUAAUUAUUUGCUCGAUACUGGUUGAAUGAAAAGCGAAUAAAAAUA